UUCAAAUAGCAAUGCCUCCCACAACAGGCCAAAACCGCCGUCCCUCCUCCCUCUCUCCGGUUCCGAUGUGGAGGAGGAAAAACCCCACAUCGGUCUUGAAGGCGGUUCUUCCAAAAAAGAAAAAAAAAAAAAACAAAACAAAAGACUUCCUCGUUCUUCUAAAGAAACCAAAAACCAGGCACUCACUCUGAAGAAGAAGAAGCCAUGGUGAGAGGGCCUCUCGCUCUUCAGCUAUGGAUGUCUCUGUGCGUUUUGCUCGUUCUUCCUGCUCGAUGCUUCUACAUCCCUGCUGGCGUUGCGCCUCAGGAUUCUCAAAACGUUCUUUUGGAAAUUGCAAUGGUGCUUCAAGAUUGGGAGCUAAGAGAGGAAGCUAUAUUAGCAGAAAUGGAUGAAGCUCCUGAUGAAGACUUUGAAACUGAGUUUCAAAAUCUUGUUAAUCAGCUUGAUGAUGUUGAACCUAUCGAUGGUAAUGCUCAUGAUGAUACAGUUGAACUUGAAUACCUGGCUCUAUUAAAUCAGCCUGAUGGUGCGGUGGAUCUGCAUCCCAUUUCUAAUGAUCAUCGUGCCCAUUUAGAGGGAAACACUACUGGACAGUAUUGUUGUGAAACCAAAGUGAGGGAAGGUGGAAGAGGAGGUGGCGGCCGAGGGAUUGGUGGUGAGGGCUGUGGAUUUGGUGGAGAUAAUCUGGAUCGUAGCAAUGAUGAGAACACUAAUGAUUUCUCUGGUGGAGGGUACAGCAAACCUGAAGAGGGAGAUAGGGAUGUUUCUGAAAGGCGUGGUUUCUACGGGGGACCUCAUGGUUCCUUGCGUGGUGGCUUUUGCAAUGGAGAGGAUGCAGAAGAGAAGUGUCCUUGGAGGAUAUUCGUCCUUCGCAGUGGCAGUGGAACUGGACAUGGGGAGCUAGAGCCUGGCACUGAAGUUGAGAAAGAUGUUGGUGCUGAGAAGCAGUUGGGAGAGAAUGGAGCUGCUGAUGCCACCAAGGAGAAUCCUGUGGGUGAGCCAGAAGAGAAGGAGCCUGAGGAGAAGGAGAAGACUCUGGAAAAGUAUGAGAAGGUUCUCGAAGAGAAGAGAAAGGCUCUGGCUGCACUGAAGACAGAGGCGAGAAAUGUUGACUUGCACAAAGAGUUGAAGUCAAUGCAGCAGCUCUCUCGCAAGAAGACAAAUGAUGAAAUCUUUAUCAAGCUGGGUUCUGAGAAGGAUAUAAGCAAGGAAGCUGCUGAGAAGGAGGAGAGAGCCAAUAAGUCUGUUAGCAUAAAUGAAUUCCUGAAGCCUGCUGAAGGGGAGGACCAGAUGUUUUAUGGUGGUCGUAAUCGGAGUGGUGGAGGCCAUGGUUCAAGAGGUGGACACAGUGGAGGAGAACAUGGAGGUUACUUGAGCAAUGUGCAAGCACCCUCCAUUACAGAUUCUGGGCACUUCCCAUCCGUUGGUGGCAAAUGAGAGCCCUCAUCUACUUCCAGCUCUGUUCUUAUUUGUUCAUUUGGGGAUUAAUGUGAUAUGAUUAGUGAGUGGCAGGUUAUCCACAGGAAUUAAUAUCAUGUACGAAUGGGUCAUGCAUCAGUUUGAGUUGGAAUAGGGAAUCAUUGCCUUUGAAAUCUAUUUUUAUUGUUUCUGUUAUGUGUAAAUAGGUAUCUGUUAGCAGGUUCUAUGCUGAUUUUUUUUUGUAUGAAUAUGAUCAGUUUAAAAUCUGAAUGUGAAUUCGAGUUUUUGAAAAUUAGGGAGAUU